AUGGAGACAGUCAUCAGGAAGGUGCUCGCCGCAUCACACCUGCCAGACAAUGACAAGAAACGAGCCAUCAACACCCUCCUCGCCAGAAAUGUCUCAACCCUAUCAAAACCCGACACCUCCCUCCUCCUCGACCUUGGCCUCGAGCUGAAGACCGCCUCGAAUAGGACUCUCCUGGACGAUUGGACUGGAGACCGGAUCCUUGAGGCUGUCAGUAACACCCACCGCGAUCUCUUCUGGGCUGUCCUUCACACGGACUGGUUCCACAACAAAAUCUCGUGCACAAUCACCAACAUGGACUUUGUCAGGAAUAUAAUGUUUAUGGUUCAGGUUGCUCGUCGGAAAGAAGCAACCGCACUGACCGAGGAUGACAAACUGGAACUGGAGCAGGACAUGACAGCUCUGCGCAUAUUUGCAGAAAAGAAGUGUAUCAGCGCACAAUCACCUUUGGACUAUACACUUCAGGGCAUCUUUAUCGUCAUGUUUGUCAAUCUCCCAGCAAGCCGGCCUUUAGUAGUGAGCGACUACAUCCAGCACUUGAAGACUCACUACAAUCUUGUGUCGACAUUAGUUCUUGGUGGAUCAUAUUGCAAGCUCCCCAGUCACCUCAGGACCAAGUCAGGAAGCAAGCCUACAGUCAACAAAGAACGCAACCCUGCUCCUGCGGCAAUGCUGGGACGACAGGUACACAAGCUGCAUGUGCGUCAUCCUUUGUUUUCUGCUAGAGGUUUCAAGUUCCUCCCUGACACUGUUUGUACUAUGUACAACCCUAGGCCUGACAACGUCGUGCUGACGUUACCUCACUUGCUCUUUUACCUUUCGGACACACAAAUGGCAUGCCCUCUCGCCAUUGGGCGCCUUGUUGGAGCCGUGCCAGCCAAUUUUACGUCAUAUAUGCCAGGAACAGGCGUCUGGAUCGUCUCUCUCAUGGAGAGUCUCGCGUCACAAGGAGAGUUCAUGAUCCUUCGCGAACUAGCGGACAAGAAUGCGUACAAAGUCGCAAGGCAGCUUGCAUUCAGGGAGCGGAGAAAUGACGCCCUACCAGUGUUGAGACUCAUUCUCCUCGGAUACCACCACUCGGAUGUCCUUUUCAAACACAUUUCUCAAGGGUUGAUCCCUCUCGUCGUCCCAUGCCGAAAAACGCCAGAGGAUCGCGAGUUCGCCGCGGAGGUGUGCAGUCUGGCGCAGACACUUGUCAUCCACUUUGGAGACGUUGACGAUAUCGGGACCAAAGUUCAGAAAGCACGGAUGGCACUGGAUCUGGGACUUCAUAUUCAGAACACUUCGGCGGGACUGAGGCGAAAGGCUGCUCUGGUUCAGCCCUUGGGGAAAGUGGGGUUAGUCAAUUUGGGAAACUCCUGCUUCAUGAACAGCGCUCUCAGAGCCUUGUUUUGCUCCGGCGAUUUUUCAAGAGCUGUCCUGAACGACACUACCAAAGUCCCACAAACAAAGGCUCUGACGACCCGCCUGAGGGAGGCAUUUACAGGGAUGUCUACUUCUCGGCUCUCGAUCUACACACCUCUGACACUUUUCAAGGCACUACCAAAUUGGCUCAAUGAUGGACACCAGCAGGAUGCUGCCGAGUUCACAAAAAUCUUGUUCAGCUUAAUGGAGGAUGAGGACCCAUUGUCGAAGCAGGCACUUUCUUCGUUUCAUGGCACAGUUGUGAAUCAGAUCAAGUGCCGUGUAUGCGGGACAGUCUCGUCAAACAAAGAAGGGUUCUAUGACCUCGCUGUUCCUCUGCCUGCUACUGACUCAUCUCUGGAUCUUCAGUCUGUGGUCGACGUGUUUCCUUCGGUCGAGGAACUCAACGAGCAAAACAAUAAUAUGUACCACUGCGACAAGUGCCAUGCACUGCGAGCCGCCACAAGAUACACAAUGCUGGCCUCGCUUCCUACCAAUCUCAUCGUCACGCUGAAUCGCUUCCGGUUCGACGUCCAAAGAUCCCGGCGUAUCAAAAUCAAUACCCCGAUCCGGCUGGCAGAGUCGAUCCAAAUCAAGGUCCAGGAUGGACAUGACCUUCAAGAGUACGAGCUCUACUCCGUCGUCAUCCACACAGGAGAAUCAGCUAACCAUGGACACUACUACACUUACGCCAAGGACAGCGGUCCCACCAUAACCACCAGCACUGAAGGUGCAUCAUCUUCAGAGGCGGCGGCAAAGUCAACUUGGUUGCUGUACAAUGACACCAGUGUUACACUGUCCAGUUUUGAAGCGAUGCAACAGGCCUUGGCUAACAGUCGGACAGAGACCCCGUACAUGCUGUUCUUUAGAAAGACGGAGCUACAAAGUAGUCGGUCACACGCGCCUCUCGCCAGGACCAUCUCCAACCUAUAA